GUUUUUAUGAAAUAACUAAUAUUCUUAACUGGAAGAAUCUUAAUAUAUGUUUUUGGAUUUUAAAAAUAAUUCUUUAAGCAAAAUACUUGUGGAUCUUAAUGAUUAUAUUAAAGAUAAUAAGUUUACACCAUUAGAAUCAAUUGAUAUAGCAAUUUCUGCACUUGAGGAGAGUAAAAUUGAUGAUUUUAUAAGUGCAGAAGCAUUAGAAACUCUUGGGAAAAAAGAAGGUCUUGAAUGUUUUCAAGAUAAAUAUGAAAAUAAAGUUACAGUUAGUCUUGGAGGAAAAAUAAUGGUAAUUGAUAUAGAUUUAGAGAAAUUUUCAAUUUAUUGGAAGGUUAUUAGAGUUACAACAACAUGGGCAGAUUGUAAGGGAGGGCAAUAUUUUUCUCCAUCUACAGAUGCAAUUCUUUUAGCAAAUUUUUCAGAGUCAUAUCGUCUAAAUUUAUUUAAAAGUAACUUUCAACGUCUUUUACGUUUUGAUCGUCUAUCUUCAUCACCUAUAUGGGACGCUUUUUCAGCAAUUAAGUCAUUAUAUCUAGCUUUUGAACAGAUUUAUGGAUAUGAACUUGAAAUAUAUAAAGAUCCUGAAAAAAUAAUGUGUGAAAAAUCUGGGAAACCUGAAUUUGAUGUAGCAAAUGUUGUAGGUUUAACUCUUUGGUAUUGGAAACAGAGACGUUACUGUUCUACAGAAGAAAAAUUAUGGAGAGUAAUAAUAGAAGUUGAAGAACAAGACACUACUGUUUCAUCCAUUUCUCCUGCUGUUAAUAUUCAAUGGAUAGAUCAGAAAAUUACUUUAUUAGAUGGAGAUUAUAAUUGGACCGUACCUUCCUAUACUUUUUCUUCUUCUUGUCAAUUUGUAAUGAUAUUGGAUCCUCCUGUUAUAGUUUGUGCAGAAGAUAUAAAACAAAUCUGUAAAAUAAUUAAAUCAUAUGAUUUCAUUUCUCAAAAUAAUUUAGAGAAAAAUAAUGAUCAAGUAUAUGAAACAAUUUUGACUUCUCAAUCAUUACCUAUUCAAACAGAAAGAAUAUUAUAUUUGCCUUUUUCAAUAACUCAGCAUCAAUUUUAUAUUUUGGAAAAUUCUACAUUAUCUCCUGCAUGUCAUUUAAAUCGCAUUCCUUUUUCUCAUCCUAAACAAAUUCUUUCUAUUUUAAAAUUACUUCGAAAAUAUAUAGUCUUUCAAACUUUAACUGAAAGUUAUACAAAUAACAACAUCUCUAAUAACUCUCUUUUACAUAAACCUAAUCAUAAAUCACAUAUAAACAAAACUGAUUUUAAUAUAUCUACUUUUUAUGAAACAAACAUACUAAUUAACAUUUUUUCUUUGGCAAUUGAUCUAAAAAUAAUUCUAUCUAUUACAGAAAAUGGACAUAUCUAUCUACAGGAUUUACAUACAAAUAAAUCACUUUCUGAAAACAUAAAAUUAGAAAUCGAACAUGUUUUUCAGAUUUCAGAAGACAUAGGAAUUUCAUGUGAAUAUAUUAGACAAAUAUUAGACAAAUAUUAGACAAAUAUUAAACAAAUAUUAAACAAAUAUUACACAAAUAUUAC